UCAAUACAUGUGAUCCAAUGCCGGCAGAUAGGUGGAUGACAAAAUUGGAUUUCGUGUGAUUCACAAUUUUUAAAUGGUGUUAGGAUAAUGGUGUUGCUGACGACUGCAUUUGUCGAGAAGGAAUGCGUGCGAACGCAAUCCUUGAAGUCGCUGACGAAAGGAGUCUCCAAGAAUUAUUUACGGAAAAUCACCCAUCUUUUUAUGAAUGACAAAUUGAUAGAAGCAAUCGGCAAUUUCUCCGGGUGCAAAAAUUUACGGGUUAUUUACAUGCAGAAUAACUGCAUUGAAAAAAUAGAAAAUUUGGAUUUUGCCAGUAAUUUGACACAUUUAUAUCUUCAACACAACAAUAUUAUGAAAAUUGAGAAUCUGCAGAGUGUCAGAAACUUGAGGAGUUUAUAUCUAGGACACAAUGCCAUUAAUAUUGUACAGGGUUUAGAGGCGUUGGAUAAUUUAUUGGAAUUGCAUAUUGAUAAUCAGAAACUUAAUGUUGGAGAAUGCUUGGUUUUUGAUCCGAGAAGUUUGAAGGCGUUAUCGAAUCGUCUGAAGGUUCUCAACAUAGCGAGCAAUAAAUUAAAUUCACUGAAACAAUUGAGUCACUUCCUGAAAUUGGAAUAUUUGGAUGUAAGAGACAAUAAAAUAGAAGACAUGAGAGAUUUGACUGAAACUGUAGUGACUCUGCCCUUGUUGAAUCGCCUACUUCUUCAGGGGAAUCCCAUAAGACAGAGCUAUCGGUACCGCGAGAAUGUCAUUGCUCACAGCAAUUCCUUAGAGUAUUUAGAUGGAAAAAUCGUAACAGAUGCUACCCGACGGUUCUUGAGUAAAUUCAAGGAGGCUAUGCAACUGAGACUCGAGAAAUGUGGACCAAAACUGUCCCUGAGUGAUGAUAUAACAACUUCAUUAAAUCUGCCUCCGGCAUUUAAACGAUCUGUAUCGCGAGCUAUUUUGCAACAACAACCGGGACCAAAAUUAUCAAUAAGUACAUCGACAGUUUGUGGAGAGAUGGAGUCUCAGCUAUUUCCUUCUUGGAAAUGCAUAUCAGCAAUCCAUGGAAAGAGACAUAAUCACCUGACUCCCCGUCCCCUGUGGAAAGGAACAUCCAUAACGAAACAACAGCCGCGAAGAAUUUCAAAAAUCAUCGACAGCGCGGGAUUUCCACCAAUAACAACAACAUAUUAAGAAUGAAAUUCACGCUAGCCGAAAUAAAGUAAAUUCUCAAAUGUAUUUUGUUAUUAUAUAUUAUUAUGCUGCUGGGAAAAGUGAUUUUGAACACAUCUUAUGAUUAGCCCGUCGUUCCACUCUGACAUACACAUCAUAACAGAAGUUACAGUAACUCAAUAUAAAAAUUCACAAAUAAUGUUUAAUUCACUUUCGUAUUUUGACAAUUACAAUCAGUGUGCUCGUGUCUAUAUAAUUAAUAAUUAAUUUAUUCCCCAGGGAUAUAAUUACCCUUAAAUUUUGGAUUAUUGUUAAUACCGUUGUUAUACCACUGUUUAAUAAUAGGACGAGAAUUGCUAAAAUGCAAAUGAUAAAAAUGCUGCGGACAAUCACUCAUAACCUUCUGAUACAAAAAUUCGAUUUUCCUGCUUUUUAAAUAAGAUAAGAUA